AACUUCCCAUGAAGGGGGGAGGUUGUGCAGACUUUUGUUUUAGAAGCACAAUGAAUAUUAGUUCCUGUACUUCAGUCAACUUUGGCUUCCAUGAACACAAAAUUCUACCUGCCAUUUAUGCCUUUGUUAUCAUUGUUGGUCUGGGAGGAAAUGGAUUGGGACUAAAGUCUCUGCUGCAGAAAAAGAAGAAACUUCGACACAUUAAUCUGUUCCUUCUGAACCUUGGAGUCGCUAAUUUUUUGUUCCUGCUAACACUCCCAUUUUUGUCAGCGUACUACUUUAUGGACAGUAAUUGGAUCUUUGGAGAAGCCUUCUGCAAGAUCACAAGAUUCUGCUUCAACCUGAAUUUAUACGGCAGCAUUGGAUUCCUCACCUGUAUAAGUGUGUACAGGUACCUGGCUAUUGUCCAUCCAAUGAAAGUGAUGGGACGGAUAACUGUGACUCACUCUGUGGCUAUCUCAGUUUUGGUUUGGCUGUUGGUGAGUGCUCAAAGUCUUCCAGACAUCUUCUUCUCCAAAAACUCACCAAAUGAAACUGAAAAAUGCUACCAUACCACCUCUGACGAAUAUGUGGAGGAUUAUCUGAAAUACAGUGUGGGUUGGACAUUGACUGGGUUUGUUAUACCACUCCUUAUUUUACUUGGCUGCUAUGGACACGUGACUCUUGUUCUCUGUCAUGCAAAUACCAUUAAGGAGGUGGUGAAAAAACGAGUGUUAAAGUUGUUAUUCAUCUUGAGCCUUCUCUUCUCGGUUUGUUACAUCCCCUAUCAUAUUUUCAAGAACCUCAGCCUUUAUUCAAGAGUUUUGUCAAAACAGGGGAAAUGUCCAGAUUGGAAUGAGGGAGUCUUUGGGGCUCACCAGAUAAGUCGUGGAAUUGUGUGUUUGAACAGUGUUUUGACUCCCCUGGUUUACCUCCAUGUAAAGGAUUUCCCUACUCGAUUCCAACAGCUGCUCCAGCGAACUCGUCAGAUCUUUAAUUGGCCAAAAUCAAGGAGUGGCAGAAUCCCUGUGACACAGUCUGAUAAAGUUUAACAAGUUUGCCAUAUGUUAAAAAUCCUAAAAUGUUUUAAAUAACCAUUGCAUUUAAAUAAGCCAGCCCUACACGCAUGCAUCUUUGUUGUAAAUGUAAUCGCACUGUAUAUAAUUUCACUGGUUUUGACUAAGUCAACAUUAGCAGCCACUUAAUAACAAUAUUUUAUUUCUGAUGCAAAUAUCUUGUGAUCCUUGAAAUGAACUACUGUGGCAUGAUUACAGCACCCCCUGCCAAAUGCAAUAAAUAAAUAAAAUUGGGAUACAUAAGUAAAGAUCCUUUAAUUUCCAUGUAAAGCAUCACGGUAAAAUGAUGUUACAUAGACACCAGUGGCUAGAAGUGGUACAUUUUCAAAAUAAUCUAUCAGCCAGUACCUAUGACAAACUAUCACAACGACAACAUUCUUUAUAAUGUCACGUCAUAAAAACAGUUAAGGAUCUUCACUUCUCAUCUCAAGCUGUGUUUGAAGUAUAAAGCUGCACCCACACCCCUUGGCUUAUUAUGAGAGGCCACCAAGACCCUCAUAACACUAGAGUUAAACAGUAAUGUCAUUGUCCUACCUUUGUGGCAAAAUAUGCUGAUAUGAUAAUAACUUGUACUUUAUGUAGUGUCUAAAUUAUAAUAGAUAUAUGUUUAUUGUAUUUUGCAUAGCAUUUUUUUUCUUUUCUUUCCUAAACAAAAAAAAUGCUGUAAACAAAGAAUGCUUUCAAACAUGGAAGUGUUAAUCAUUUAUUUUCAUCAAUCAACAAAAUGCAGUGAAUGAACAAUAGAGAACUCUAAAACAAAUCAAUAUUUGGUCUGACCACCCUUUGCCUUCAAAACAGCAUAUACCUCUAGGUACACUUGCAGACAGUCUUUGAAGGAACUCGACUGGUAGGUUGUUCCAAUCAUCUUGGAGAACUAACCACAGAUCUUCUGUGGAUGUAGGCUUCCUCACAUCCUUCUGUCUCUUCAUGUAAUCCCAGACACACUCGAUGAUGUUGAGAUCAGGGCUCUGUGGGGGCCAUACCAUCAUUCCCAGUACAUCUCUGACUUGCUCACUGUCUACAGCUCAGUCAGACCUCUCAAGGAUCAGAUUCAGAUGUUUUACAUGUUCCCACAAAUAGAUCUCAGUCUUCUAAGAGUGCUUUCAGUCAUUGUGGUUUUGUUCUUUGGAACCAGCUGCCCGCUGACAUAAGAUUUGUGUGUUUAUUCAAAAACAAACUUAAACCCUUUUUAUUCACACAGGCCUAUCUAUACAUUAUUGGUGAUGUGUUUUGAUGUUGUUUUAUUUUUGUUUUGUUUUUCUGUUUUCAUUGCUGUAAGGAAGUGUAAAGUCACACAUGUUUGUCUUUAUUUUCUGUGUUAAGCACACUGAGUUUUAUUUAUUUAACAUAUCAUAAAAUGCUGUUACUUUGUUACUUAAACAACAAAAGACAAAAAAAAAGUUAUCCACAAUGAUGGAUUUUAUAUUUUUAUGUAGUGUUUUUAAAAAGAUAAAAUAAUUAACAGUCUUUGUAAACAAGCAAGAAAUUAGAUGCAUGGGAUGUGUUGAAGAAAAAAAAAA